AUGGACAGAUUAAACCGCGUACUCGCAGCUGCUCAAGGAAUGGGUUCUAUGGGCGGUGCUCCUCCAGGAGUGGAUACUCCGGUGAUUGAUAACUCCGAGACCGUCUACAUUUCCUCGCUAGCAUUAUUGAAGAUGCUAAGACAUGGCCGAGCUGGUGUGCCAAUGGAAGUCAUGGGACUCAUGCUUGGGGAAUUUGUAGACGAUUACACCGUUCGUGUGGUGGAUGUGUUUGCGAUGCCACAGAGCGGAACCGGUGUUUCUGUCGAAGCUGUCGACCCUGUAUUCCAGACCAAGAUGAUGGAUAUGCUAAGACAAACUGGAAGACCAGAAACAGUCGUUGGCUGGUACCAUUCCCAUCCCGGUUUUGGCUGUUGGCUAUCCAGUGUCGACAUCAACACUCAACAAUCCUUUGAACAACUUACCCCACGUGCCGUCGCCGUUGUUAUUGACCCUAUCCAGUCUGUCAAGGGUAAAGUCGUCAUCGACGCCUUCCGGCUCAUCAACCCUCAGUCCCUAAUGCUUGGCCAGGAGCCCCGCCAGACGACUUCCAACUUAGGACACCUUAAUAAACCGUCAAUUCAGGCUCUCAUCCACGGUCUUAACAGGCAUUACUACUCUAUCGCUAUCAAUUAUCGAAAGACUCAUCUGGAGGAGAACAUGCUGAUGAACCUUCACAAAACCGUUUGGACUGAGGGGCUUACAAUGAAGGAUUUCAAGUCCUCGGCAAAAGAGAACCAGGAGCGUCUCGAGAAGAUGGUUGGUCUUGCUGAAGCCUAUGAGAAGCGUGUUAAAGAGGAAAACGACUUGAGCAAGGACGAAUUGAAGACACGAUAUGUUGGAAAGCUAGAUCCAAAGAAACAUUUGGAGGAACUUGGGAAGAGAGGCAUAGAGGAGAAUAUCGUAAGUGUACUUGUGGAGAUGGUAGAUAAAGAAGCCAGUUUUUCUGCCGAUGGGGCAAAGGCGGAGAACAGGAUUGAGGCUAUGGAAGAGGAUUAG